AUGAAGCAAAUAUCAUUGCUGUUUAUUGUGUUGUUAUUUGAUGUAGCUUUUGCGCAGAAAUAUAUCAUCACUCGUCGAGUCAAAACUUCUAGCCUUGAGAUUCAACCAGACGUGGUUCAGAUCCCAUCAGGUUUGUGUCAUAAUAAUGGAACCAAAGAAUGCCCAUUGACGAACGGAGAAUUCAGUGGUUCGGCGUGCCAGUGUAUUUGUAGCGAGGAAGACAGCGAUUCUCGUUUAUACAAAACUUCGUUUCUGUUUCAUAACGAAACAUGGAAAUGUGCGCAAAAUGUCGCACUUCAAAAGCUUUCAGGAUGCUCAUUCUCGCUUGAUGGAGCAGGCAAAAGGGAUUCUGUGCCGACUUUAGCAUCAAAUGUUACUGUUUCUCACAGUUUGUCAAACGUUACAACUGGCCAAUAUAUACAACUACCUGUGGGGACGACAUGUGCAGUAAGGCCUCAAAACUCCGCAUACUUAAAAUGUAACGGUSAAUGGGAGCAACUGAAUAGUACUUUAGUAACCAAAAGAUUUCAAAUCAGCUAUGGACAACCAUYUAAUGGCAAAUAUUUUGGAUAUGUCUGGGUGAACUCCACAGAAAAUUCAGCUUACCCUCUUCCAAGUGGUCGGAUUAUUAGACUAGGAAUUAACUGUUCAGAUCGAUCAUGGGAAUCAUCUCAGUGUAUCGUGGCGAAAAUACAGGGACAACUUGAAUGCCCCGCGCUAUUGUUUCCUGUUCUUUCAACAACUACACCACAACCAUCAACACCAUCGCUUUUUACUGCUCCAUCAUCUACUGCUCCUUCGUCCAUGCUGUCUGUUUCACCUACAACGUCACCAUCGAUAAGCCAAACGUCUUUUCCAGUUUCAUCGUCUACAGUAUUGUCAACUUCACCAUUAUCGCACAAACYAAACACGGUAACUUUCUCAGGCCCCGUGCMAUCAUUUCCUGUUCCUUCAACAACUACACCACAACCAUCCACCACAUCAUCAACUGUGCCCAGUUCUGCAACGCCCCCGCUUUUUACUGCUCAACCAUCUAAUGCUCCUCCGUCCAUGCUGUCUGUUUCACCUGAAACACCAUCAUCGAUAAGCCAAACGUCUUCUGCAGUUCCGGCAUCGUCUACAGUAUUGCCAACUUCCCUUCCAUCGCCAAAACCAAACACGACCACUGCACCCAAAAUAAAUAUGAAUGGUGACAACUCCGGGAAGAUAUUCUCUGGUGCUUUAAUUGGUGCCGUACUAGGAGGAUUUGCAGCUUUGGUGGCAUUAGUUAUAAUCAUAGUGUUAAUAGCCAGAGGAAGAAAGAAAAGGUCUGAUGAUCUAAGAAAGAACAGCAGUGCUGCUAGUAAGUCGGUGAACAAAUUAGUCCCCCUCUCUAUUAUAAAUAUGAAUACAUUUAUACAUAGAAAUACUUAUGCAUACUUAACAUCCAUUUUCUUUUUACCAUUUUUACUAUUAGGACACCGCAACAGUGUAGCAAAUAAAGUAUACGAAGUCGUGGAAGAAUUUGACAAUCAACCAUCCAAGCCCAAAAACAAGACAAUCAAAGAAGGGCAACAAGAUCUAACAAAAAGAACCAGAAAGGAAGCCUUGUCUACUAUUCCUGAGUCUGGCGCCGGUGCCACGUUGGUCACUUUCAGAGAACCACAUCAUUAUGAUAGUAUUAUUGAUAAAAAUGUCCUUCAAUAUGCGCCCGUGUACGAUGUAAUUGAUGGAACACAGUCCAAAGGUGGCUUCAACAAGAAUGAUCCUCGUGCACAUGGUGCCUCCUCGAACAUGCCAAUAGAAAUUGGCCACGAUCUUAAAAACGGUCAAGAUGUCUCUCUCUAUGAUACCGUUGGAAGUGUACUUUCAUGA